GAGUGCUUCUUCGACCUCCUCGCCUCCCCGGGCGCCGCCGAGGACCGCAGGGCCGGGGCCGUCGAGGAGCUGGCGGGUGCGCUGCUGCAGCCCGAGGCGCGCGCGGCGGGGCUGGCGGGCCGCCUGCUGUGGCGGACGCCCUUCCUGCAGCGCGCGGUGGAGGCGCUCGCGGUCGGGCACGUGCCGCCGGCGCCGGGGAGCGGCGACGAGCUGGCGGCCUCGGGGCGCCUCCUCGGGCUCACCGUGCAGUGCCUGGUGGAG